AUGGUGGAUGCGAUUACAAAAGAGAGGGAUAAACUUAGUUAUCCUCAUGUUCUUAUUGAAGUUAGUCUCCAGCAGGAUUUUCCAAGUUGUAUUGAAUUUGAGGAUGAAUUUGGAUUUAAUGUCACUGUAGGAGUUAUGUAUGAAUGGAAACCGAUCAUGUGUGGGCAUUGCAAGGGUAUGGGGCAUGCUACUAAAGAUUACAGAAGGAAAGAAAGCAGGAAGCAACAAUGGAUAGCUAAAGAAGAGAUUCAGAAACCAGAGGAAAAAAAGACAGAGGCAGCUAAAACUACUGUUGAUGGGUUUCAGACUACUACGAAAGGGUGGAGGGUCAAAGCCAAAGAAUCUAUGGCUGGGCCUUCCACUAUGAACUCUUUCCAGGCUUUAUCAGAUCCUAAAGCCUCAACAAGUGCUAUGACUGGGGAGAGCCAGAAUGAAACUACAACGCAAGAGAACCAACAGAUAAUGGUGGGGGAAUUGGAAAAUACAGGAGGGGGGGAGGGCCUCCUCUUUCCAAUGGAUAGGAUUAUAUGCUGGAAUGUCCGAGGGAUCAAUAACCAGCAUAAGAAAAAUGUAGUAAGGCAACUUAUUGCCCAUCAAAGAGCUGGUUUAAUUGGUCUUCUUGAGACGAGAGUUAAGGCUCCAAAGCUUGGAGCCUUUUGCUCAAAUCAGCUUAUUCAUUUGUUUGUUGCUACUGUGGACAAUAAGCAUAGAUUUUUCACUACUUUUGUAUAUGGCUUUAAUGAUGAGGAGGGAAGGAAAAGUUUGUGGAGAAGUUUACAGGAUUUGGCUAGAGUUGAUCCCUGGGUAGUGCUUGGGGACUUUAAUGAUAUCUUGAACAGAGAUGAAAGAAUUGGGGAUAGAGUAAGAUACAACUCUAAUAAUGAUUUCAUUAAUUGUGUUUCUUGCUGUCAGUUGGAAGAUGUUAAAUACAGUGGGAACUUCUAUACUUGGAGUAAUAAGCAGCAGGGAUCAGAUAAAAUCUACUCCAAGAUUGAUAGAGUUAUGGCUAAUCAAGCGUGGAUGGAUAGAUUUACAAAUGCUGAAGCUAUUUUCCUUAAUGAAGGCAUAUUUGAUCACACUCCAACAGUUCUAACAGUGCAUUCUGACAUUCCUAGUGGUAAGAAACCGUUCAAGUAUUUUUGGAUGUGGUCUUCCCAUCCUCAAUACCACCAAGAAGUGAGUAGGGUGUGGAAUCAGAUGGUUAAAGGGACUAAAAUGUACCAAGUUGUGUCUAAGCUUAAGGACCUUAAGCCUAUCUUUAAAGAACUGAACAAGAGGGGUUUUUCAGAGAUUCAUAUGGCUGAUAUGGAAGCUAAAGAGAAGCUGAAUGAUUGUCAGAAUAAGAUGCAUCGAGACCCUUUGAAUGUGGAUCUGCAGUAUCAAGAGUUGGAAGCUAGAAGGCAUUAUGCAGGGACUUUAUUGGGCACUCAAAUGGACAAUAGGCAACCAGUUAAAGUCUCAAUUAUGGCUCACGGUCCUGUGCUUUCCAGACAGCAGGCAGAUUUUCUAUCAGCCGAGUUUACUAAAGAAGAUAUUAAAGAUGCUGUGUUUAGCAUCCCUGGCAUCAAAGCUCCAGGGCCUGAUGGUUAUUGCAGCUACUUCUUUCAGGACAAUUGGGAGUUAGUUGGAAAUGAGAUAUGUGAAGCUAUAACAUCGUUCCUACAUACAGGGCACCUGUUAAAAGAGAUUAACUCUACAGUGAUUACCCUUAUCCCUAAGUGCAAAUGUCAUAAUACUGUAAGUGAUUAUCGCCCCAUAUCUUGCUGCAAUGUCUUAUACAAAGUAGCUAAAAAAUUGAUCUGCAGUAGGCUUAAAGUUAUUCUUCCAGAUCUUGUGGCUCAAAAUCAGGGGGGGUUCAUUAAAGGCAGAAUAAUUGCUCAUAAUAUUAUGAUUUGUCAGGAUCUAAUAAGGCAUUAUGGAAGGAAAUCGAUUAGACCCAACUGCAUGAUAAAGCUGGAUUUACAAAAGGCUUAUGAUACUAUGGAAUGGGGAUUCUUAGAGGAGAUGUUACAAGCCUUUCAAUUCCCUGCUAAAUUCAUUAGUCUUAUAAUGAAUUGCAUAACUACACCUAGGUAUUCUUUAAUGUUUAAUGGAUCUAUGCAUGGAUUCUUUGCAGCUAAAAGAGGUUUGAGGCAAGGGGACCCAAUGUCCCUUGCUUUUUGUUCUUGGGAUGGAAUACUUGAGUAG